AUGGAGCUCCACGAGGGCCCGCCCGCGCACUUUGAACGCCCGGCGCGGCACGCGGCGGUGGUGGCGAAGUUUUUCAAGGAGGGCCUCGAGGGCCGGUGCGAGCGCGUCCCCGCGCGGCUCGCGACGGACGACGAGCUCCUCCUCUGCCACUCCCAGUCGCACCUCGACGCGGUCGAUUCCACGUUCGACGCGUCGAAAGAUGAGGCGGUGCAGGGCGAGGGGGAUAUCUACUGGACGACGCACACGGCGAGAUGCGCGAGAACCGCCGCGGGAAGCGCCGCCGCCGUCGCCGCCGCCGUCGCCGCCGGGUCCAUCCACCGCGGCUUCGCGGUCGUGCGCCCGCCGGGGCAUCACGCGGAGUGCGCGCGCGCGAUGGGGUUCUGCUUCUACAACAACGCCGCGAUCGCGGCUCGCGUCGCGCUGAGACAGCCGGGCGUCGAGAGAGUGCUCGUGCUCGACUGGGACGUGCACCACGGCAACGGGAUCCAAGACGUCCUGUACGACGACCCGAAGGUGAUGUACGCGUCGCUGCACCGCCACGGGAACGGGUUCUACCCGGGCACGGGCGAUAUCGACGAGUGCGGGAUUAGGGAGGGCGUCGGGUACAACGUCAACAUCCCGUGGGCGGAGAAAGGGCUGGGCGACGCCGAUUACCUCGCCGCCUUCGAUCUGGUGAUCGAUCCCAUCGCGCGCGCGUUUAACCCCGACGUCGUCGUCGUCGCCGCCGGGUUCGACGCCGCGGAGGGCGACCCGCUCGGGGGAAUGAAAGUCAGCGACCAAGGCUACGCGCUCAUGACGGAACGGCUGCUGGCGCACGCGAAGGGGCGAUGCGUCUGCGCGCUGGAGGGGGGGUACGGACUGAGGCGCGUUCUAUGUCACACUGAUCCCCAUACGACCCCGUCGGCGCGGUGA